CUUUAUUAUUUUGGAAAACGCACGACAAAACGAAAGCAAAUUUUCCCGAUUAUUUUAUAAUUUCUCAGGAAAAUUUGUAUCCGAAAAUAGUUAUACAAAUAUUUAUCGGAAACCCCAAAUAAUCAGUCCUUAUUUUUUAAUUCCUUUACAAAUAAUUUAUCCCCAUGGCUCUGAGAUUUGCAAUUAAAUCCGGUCUUGCUUAUGGUGCUAUGCAUUACACCUGCAGCCUCGGCGUUUGGGGUAACAGUGUGCAAGCAGAUAAACUCUAUAAUGAGCUGAUGGCCCAGGCAAGGCCACAUGUUGUGAGUUUACAGAAGAAACUACCAAUCGAAGUACCGAAUCUUCCUAAAACCGGAGAAGUUCGCUUCCUGGCAAAACACUACUAUAACACUGGAGUUAAGAAUACCUUCCAUUUUAUCAUAAUGCUACCAUGCUAUGCCGGCCAAUUGAUCAAAAAGACCAAAGAUACAAUCAACAAAUCGCUGGAGGCACCUGCCGUUAAGAAUUGAUUGUUUCGAAAUGCCUAUAGUUGGUAGGUUGUGCUGCGAUAGAUAAAUAUUGUGCUGUUAAUUCUUUUUUUUUUCCUUCGUUUUUGUGCUGGACUCAUGAUAAUGUGCUAAAAAUAAAUAAAUGAAAACAAAUCUUUAAUUAAGUUAAAUUCAAA